CUGCAAUGCGACCUGCUGCCUUGAGGUGUGGUCUGGUUCUGGAAGAUGGUGUUGAUACUGAAACAUACUCUCUUGGAGAAUCACAGAUUCUAAGUGGCCUGUUGUAUACAUGGACAAAAAUUCAUCAUCUUUCAUCAUGAAAUGUUUGAAAUAUGAUAAGUCAGCAGACAUGUGCAAAAUAAUUGACGCAAAAGUCAAGAAAUAUUAUCAUGCGUGUAAUGCUGCUUAUACAUCGUCCGAAACCUUCAAGAAGCUUCUGCAAACAAGAAUGGAACUGAUAGACAAGGAUCCUAAGAAUCUUUAUGUGUAUAUCAAAGAAGUUGUCGAUGAACUGAAACUGAGAGGUAAGAAAGAUCCACCAAGGAAAAAAAUAAAACUUGAAACAGAUUCACCGGAGAGUAGCAAUCUAGAAAAGCCGAUUGAAGAAGUAAAGACAGUUAAAGAAGAACCACAUUUUCAAGAGAGAGCCGCAAAGAAAUUGAGCAAAAUGCUGCAUUGCCUUCAAAGAAGAAUCGCAAAACUAGAACAAAAAGAAGUAGACUGGGAUGAAGAAAAUGACUCCACGUACAUACAGUUACAAAGGUAUAAAGAGCGUGCAGUAGCAGUGUACAAAAAGCUGCAACAGUAUGAAUGUGGUGCCGUACCAAAACUUCAGGAGAGAAGAACAGUAACGUAUUCGGGAACUGCAUUUCCAAGUGUCAACCGUGCUAUUGAAAAGUACGUGAAUAAAACAGGACAGUUCCCUGAUUAUCAAGAUGUUUUGAAACUUCUCAAGUCUGCAUAUGAGGAGGAGAAAAUGAAUAUUUCUCCUGAGAGGCUAAGGAACCAAGCUAAAGCAGCAUUCCAGACCAUUGGAGAGCAACUGCAGCGGCAGCGACAAUUCUCUACAUGGAAUGCACACUCAUAUUAUUUGGGUGAUAACAGGGAUCCAGCUGAAGACGACCAGGAGCUGGAUGAGAAACUUAGAGAGAACAAGAAGGAGUUUGGGAGUCGUAUAAAUGAGGUUAUUGACAAAUUUGCUGAUCAAACAAAAGAUAUUAUACCAGAAGAGGUUGCUGAUGAUGAAAUAGCAAGCAAAUCAGAGGAUGAAGAAGAGGAUGGUAGUGAAAAAGAGACUGUUGAUGGAAGUGAAACAGAAGAUGACUUUGUUGAUAAGAUUUUGGCAGAUAUGGAUAACAAUGACAAUGAUACCAGUGAAAAUGAAGAAGAAUCCAAUGAUGAGGGUGAUGGCAACGUGGAUGGAGAAGACCGACAGACAGAGGAAACUGUGUGUGAAUAUAAUAACAGCAAACAAGCAGAAAAUGAAGAAGAAAUUGUGGUAAUUCAUGAACAAAAAUCAGAACAUAAUACUGACAAUAAGGCAAAGUUACUUCGUGAAGCAGAAAGGAGCAAAAAGAAUGAAAAAUGUAAUUUGCUACAGGAAUCACCAAGAAGAGAACUUAAAGAGAGAGUGGUAAUUGCCACAGCUUCAAUCAAAGUUGAAGCACAUGGUAUGCCACAUAAAAUCGAUGUUAGGGUGUCAAAUUGUUCUUCUGAAAUGAGACCUUCUAAACUGCAGGACAGACAUAAUGGUAUGCUGCAAAAAUGUGAACAGUCCAAGAAUAAUACAUCAGAAUUUCAUUCACAUGAAUCAAAAGAGGUGGAAAGGCACUUAACAACACAUCCAGAGAUUGAUACUGACAGUGAUAAUGAUGUCAUUAUCUUAGAGUGACAGUAAGCCAGUGUUUUUACCCACUGGUGAUGACAUUUGAGUACCAACCAAAUAUUUAACAUCAACAGUGCUUGCUUUGCACAUGAAGGUUAUUUACUCUUUAGUUGUAAGUUUUUAAUAUGUAUACAGUUAAUAUAUAUACAUUUGGUGCAGCUAGAAAGGGCACAUAUAUUAUUUUUUGCCCUUUGUAAUCAGGUGUGAUUUUUUAUUUGUGAUUUGUACAGAAAAUUUUAUUAGACUCAAUUUAUAUAUUGAAAGUAUAGGUUCUUGAAAACAGUCAUAUAUUUAUAUAAAGGGCUUGUACUGAAUUAAAUAAAAUACCGCCAUUCUGUCUAACAGAAGGUGGCAUAAUGGCAUGGUGAAAAGUUCUCAGCCUGGCAGUGAAAGUUUUGUGUUUCUGUUAAAUCAAAAAUGCUCUUUAUGCUUUGACAUAGUCGUAUUUUAAGUCAGUACCCUCUCUGUUAUGUUAUUCUAAUCCAUUUACAGCUACCAUAACGUGUUUGGUGGAUUUGAAACAUUUUCCAGUAACAAACUUCUUCAGAUGUGGGAAAAGGUUAGUCAGCAUCAUACUUUUCACCCAUUUGCUGUUCAUAUUCCACAUCACUCUAUCUUAUUUUAUGGACUGACGAAUCAGGCUUCUCAGCAAAUUACGGUUCUUAAACUUCUCUUCUUCUGGGAUGAUGUUUUGGGUAUGUCCUCUUUGCUCAAUGUCAGACUUCACUAUGUUCUUGUACCUGAGUUUUGGUCUACCUUUUGGUCUUUUGUUUCUGAUAUUCAGAUCAUAGAGUAGUCUCAUUAACCUUUAGCAUCCCUGCAUCACAUAUGCCCGUACCAUCUCAGUUAUUAUGAGAUUAUUUUAUCUUGUAGGCGUACAGACUUGAGUCUGCUUUCAGAUUUCCUCAUUCCAGUUUCUAUCCCUUCAUUUCUUUCUGACCAUACUAUGAAGAAACCACCGCUUAACUGUCUCAAUUCAUCUGAAGCUUUUACUUCUUUCACAACAGUACAUCAAAAUGGA